UCUCCUCCCGCUCGGCUGGGGGAGAGCUGGGGAGCCCCAGUCUGGCCGGAGUUGGCUGGAGCUGUUGCCAUGACAAGCAUUUUCUUAAGACAGCUCUGCUGUUGAGACCGUCCUAGGCUGGGGGUGGGGUGGGGGCACGAACUUCCUGGGGGACCAUCCCUCCCAAGACCGCGAGUCAGACACCCGCCCAGCUCCCUGCACCCAUUUUCUUCCAGGAAGGUCCUUCGCGUGGAAGGGCUAAGGAAGAAGACCCAGCCCACUCCCCCAGCUGUAGCGCAAAGGCCAGAGCGCAAAGCCAACAUCACUAGGUGGUUUGCCACACUGGGGAGAGCGGUGGGUGGUCACCCCACCCUACUCGGUUCAUGGAAACGCGGAGGGAGAGUCCCGCUUGGAGACACCUGAAUCUUUGCUAGAAAGAGAGAGACCUAGCUGUCAUCGUUAUCCAGGGAGCCCUCCUCUUUCUCCUGACGACACUGCUCUACCAUCGCAGUUGCUGGUUGUUGCUAGGGUUGCCUCCAUGGUAACAUGCUUAUCCCGUUUACUCUUCUAUAUGGACAAGUAGUCUAAGCUAGGAACCUUCCUACUCUGGACAGCUGUUUUCAUCAUCACCUAGAGGACAACAAUCAGCGUGACGCCAAGUCCCUUUUCUACUAAGUUCCCCCAACCUCUUCCUCCUCUCACAGUAGACUUGAUACAGAAGGGAAGAUCUAGGCUUGGUGUUACUACUCUGAAGCUUACUGCACAAGAUAUUGCCAAUUUAUCCCCUAACUGGGCUCCCAGCGAAGAAAGAAGUGGGAAGAAACAGGGAAGAGAAGGCAAGAGACACUGAUCAGUUGGAGGGAAACUCUACAUCUUCUCUGAGAGCUGGUAACCACAGGCAAAAUGACGAACCCAUCAGGACAUAGCUUGGGGAGGAACUCGGUAGGUGAGAACUAUGAAGGGGAGUUUGGCUGCACGUUAAUGGACCUGAGAAAGCUCAUGGAGCUUCGUUCGGCGGACGCAGUCACCCAGAUCAAUACCCACUAUGGAGGUGUACAGGAUAUCUGCGCCAGACUGAAAACCUCCCCUGUAGAAGGUCUAUCUGGGAACCCUUUAGAUCUGGAGAAGCGUAGACUUGUUUUUGGACAGAACUUGAUACCUCCAAAAAGGCCCAAGACUUUCUUAGAAUUAGUGUGGGAAGCCCUGCAGGAUGUCACUCUCAUCAUCCUGGAGAUUGCAGCCAUCAUCUCCCUGGUCCUGUCCUUCUAUCGACCCCCUGGCGGAGAUAAUGAAAUAUGUGGUCAGGCUUCAGGUAGCCCAGAUGAAGAGGAAGAAGCGGAAACCGGCUGGAUUGAGGGUGCGGCCAUCCUUACCUCAGUGAUCAUUGUGGUGUUAGUGACGGCCUUCAAUGACUGGAGCAAGGAGAAGCAGUUCCGGGGGCUGCAGAGCCGCAUUGAGCUCGAGCAGAAAUUCUGUAUUAUCCGCAAUGGCCAGCUCAUCCAACUCCCCGUGGCUGAGAUUGUGGUGGGAGAUAUUGCCCAGAUCAAAUACGGUGACCUGCUGCCUGCAGAUGGAAUCCUAAUCCAGGGGAAUGACCUGAAGAUUGAUGAGAGCUCUCUGACUGGAGAAUCAGAUCAUGUCAAGAAAUCUCUGGACAAAGAUCCCAUGUUGCUCUCAGGGACUCACGUGAUGGAAGGUUCUGGCCGGAUGGUGGUGACUGCCGUGGGGAUCAACUCCCAGACUGGAAUCAUCUUCACCCUCUUAGGGGCCAGUGAGGAGGAGGAGGAGGAGGAGGAUAAGAAGAAGAAAGGUAAAAAACAAGGAGUCUCUGAAAAUCGCAACAAAGCAAAGACCCAAGAUGGAGUGGCCUUGGAAAUCCAGCCACUCAACAGCCAGGAGGGCAUCGACAGCGAGGAAAAGGAGAAGAAGAUACUCAAGGCGCCCAAGAAGGAGAAGUCAGUGCUGCAGGGCAAGCUCACGCGCCUGGCCGUGCAGAUCGGGAAGGCGGGUCUGAUCAUGUCUGCCCUCACGGUUAUCAUCUUGAUUCUAUACUUUGUGGUUGACAAUUUCGUGAUACAGCGCAGAGCAUGGCUACCUGAGUGUACUCCCGUCUACAUCCAGUAUUUCGUCAAGUUCUUCAUCAUCGGUGUCACUGUCUUGGUCGUGGCUGUGCCUGAGGGCCUGCCACUGGCUGUCACCAUCUCGCUGGCCUACUCUGUGAAGAAAAUGAUGAAGGACAACAACUUGGUACGGCACUUGGAUGCUUGUGAGACAAUGGGCAACGCCACAGCCAUUUGCUCUGAUAAGACAGGAACACUGACCAUGAACCGCAUGACAGUGGUACAGGCUUACAUUGGGAACACUCAUUACCGCCAGAUCCCGAGCCCUGACGCCUUACCACCCAAGGUUCUGGACCUCAUGGUCAAUGGCAUUUCUAUUAACAGUGCUUAUACUUCUAAGAUUCUGCCUCCAGAAAAGGAGGGAGGCCUACCCCGGCAGGUAGGCAACAAGACAGAGUGUGCCCUGCUGGGCUUUGUCACAGAUCUGAAGCAAGAUUACCAAGCAGUUCGCAAUGAGGUGCCCGAGGAGAAGCUCUUCAAAGUGUACACCUUCAACUCAGUGCGCAAGUCCAUGAGCACCAUCAUCAGGAAGCCGGGAGGGGGCUUCCGCAUGUUCAGCAAAGGCGCCUCUGAGAUAAUGCUGCGCAAGUGUAAUCGAAUCCUGGACAAGAACAGCGAAACCACUCCAUUUAGAAGUAAGGACAGAGAUGAUAUGGUACACAACGUCAUCGAGCCCAUGGCCAGUGAAGGACUCCGGACUAUCUGCAUAGCUUACCGGGAUUUCGAUGACGCGGAGCCCUCAUGGGACAAUGAGAAUGAAAUCCUCACUGAGCUGACUUGCAUUGCCGUGGUGGGCAUUGAGGACCCUGUGCGCCCAGAGGUACCAGAUGCAAUUAGCAAAUGCAAACGGGCUGGCAUUACUGUCAGAAUGGUGACAGGUGAUAACGUCAACACGGCACGGGCCAUUGCCACCAAAUGUGGCAUUCUGACCCCCGGAGAUGACUUCUUGUGCUUAGAAGGCAAAGAAUUCAACAGGCUUAUCCGCAAUGAGAAGGGCGAGGUGGAACAAGAGAAGCUGGAUAAGAUCUGGCCCAAGCUUAGGGUGCUGGCACGAUCAUCCCCCACGGACAAGCACACCCUGGUGAAAGGUAUCAUUGACAGCACGGUUGGGGAACAGCGACAGGUCGUGGCUGUCACCGGUGAUGGGACAAAUGAUGGACCUGCUCUAAAGAAAGCAGAUGUUGGCUUCGCCAUGGGUAUUGCAGGCACAGAUGUGGCUAAGGAGGCAUCAGACAUCAUCCUGACCGAUGACAACUUCACCAGCAUCGUGAAGGCAGUGAUGUGGGGACGGAACGUCUACGACAGCAUUUCCAAGUUCCUGCAGUUCCAGCUGACGGUCAAUGUGGUGGCUGUGAUCGUGGCGUUCACUGGAGCCUGUAUCACUCAGGAUUCUCCGCUGAAAGCCGUGCAGAUGCUGUGGGUUAACCUGAUCAUGGACACUUUUGCUUCACUGGCCCUGGCCACAGAGCCCCCUACCGAGUCUCUGCUGAGGCGUCGCCCCUACGGGAGAAACAAGCCCCUGAUCUCACGCACUAUGAUGAAGAACAUCUUGGGCCAUGCAGUGUAUCAACUCACGGUCGUCUUUGUCCUCGUCUUUGCUGGCGAUAAACUGUUCGACAUUGACAGUGGCAGGAAGGCGCCUCUCCAUUCCCCGCCCAGCCAGCACUACACCAUUGUCUUCAACACCUUUGUGCUGAUGCAGCUCUUCAACGAGAUCAACUCCCGCAAGAUCCACGGCGAGAAGAACGUCUUUGCGGGCAUCUACCGCAACGUCAUCUUCUGCUCUGUGGUUUUAGGCACGUUCAUCUGCCAGAUUCUCAUCGUGGAAUUUGGGGGUAAGCCCUUCAGCUGUACGAACCUCAACAUGGAGCAGUGGAUGUGGUGUCUCUUCAUAGGGAUUGGAGAACUUCUGUGGGGUCAGGUCAUCUCGGCCAUACCCACCCAGUCUCUCAAGUUCCUGAAGGAGGCUGGACAUGGCGCUGCCAAGGAGGAGAUCACCAAGGAUGCCGAGGGACUGGAGGAGAUUGAUCUUGCUGAGAUGGAGUUGCGCAGGGGCCAGGUGCUCUGGGUCCGUGGCCUGAGCCGGAUUCAGACUCAGAUUGAAGUAAUUAACACAUUCCAGACGGGAGCCUCUUUUAAGGGAGCCCUAAAGCGACAGAACGUGAGCCAACACCUUGAUAUAAAACUGGUUCCUAGCUCCUAUUCAGCCGCACUUGCACCAGUCAAAUCCUCCCCUUCCACCUCUUCCGCCGUUACAUCUCCUCCUGUGGGCAAUCCAAGUGGUCAAAAUGUUCCAUAGUUACCCUGGAAUGAAAUCCAGGAACAAAAGCUCCAUUCACCACUUCAUGACCCAACCUGGAUACAAUGCAGAUGAUGAACCUCUACCGUCCUUCAUAGAUGAUCACGAGGAAGACCCUGGAUUGGUUCCUAAGUCGGGGACUAAGGUGCUCCUAUUGGAUGGUGAGGCCACUCCCAAUGACAACAAAAACAACAAUGCUGUGGAUGGCAAUCAAGUGCAGACCAUUGCCUCCCAUGCCGACAGCCCUCUGCAAAGCCUGGAGACAUCAGUUUGAACUUCUGUUCUCUGAUUCCCGCCCCUGCUUUCCCUGUUUCUUUUCUCAUCCAUCCCGCCUAUGAGGUGAUGAUGGGACUUUGUCACUGUUGUGUCAGCUGCUCCUAAGUGUGUGAGAACCCCUACCUGGCCAUGAGGAAACAACACAGACCGACAAGGAUUAGGUCAAACCCUGGGCAGGGAGCGGUAGAUCUACUCCUUAGUUGUAACAGUUGUUAUUUUUGAAGAAAUGAUGACAAUCCUCCCAGCAUCACCCAACCCAAAGUUUCCACGGGGUUCCCACCUGUGUCACCACCUCCUGACUUGGAGAUUUUAUGAGUUUCUGCCAUUUACAAGCUAAAUCGUGAGCUCAGGGAGAGACAAAUACCCUGUGUUUGUGUUUCAGUAGACUGAUUAUUCUUAGAACAUUUUUUCCUGUUUUGAAAAUAUACACCCUAAGGCCAGUAGCUCUUCCUACCCCUCAGUCUGACCUCCCCAAGGUUCUUUGGUUCUUAUAUGACCCUUAUCAUCCUUCCUCUUACUCUUUUUAUUUUUUUCUCCAAGUUUUGGUAAUUAAGAGAAUGGAAAGGGCAUAGACAAGUUGAGUCAACUUUGGCCCAUUUUAGCCCCAAUAGAACCUUUCAUUUUGUUCUAGAGGCAGACAGAUUUCUUUUCUAAAAUGGUCUUUUUCGAGUAAAUGAGCUGGUGAAAUAUUUCCCUAUUUUCAUCAGGUCAGUUCUGACUUCCAAAUGUCCACCUCUCUCUUUGGGUGUAUAGGGGGUUUUAAGUGCCAGGGAAAUCAGCCGUGAGCAUGAAGGUUUCUUGUGUAUAAUAUAUAGUCUUUACCAUGGGCCUGAGCUUCCUCCUUGCCUAAGGUAGUAGCCAAAGAGUGAAUGGGGCAUGACCUUGCCUCCUAGCUGGAUGAGGAGUUUCGGGACCAACAUGGGGCAGGCCUAGGACCAGAAAUCACGGAAGCAGACUAUUUUCAAGAGUAUGCCAAGGCUCUCACAGGGCAGAAGCUGAUUGUUGGAGGAAUGAGGAUUAAGAAACCUUGGGAGGGGCUGAAGCACCAAUCCAUUGGGAUCUAAGAAACCUCCCCUCAGGUUAGGCACCUGCGUACCAGCUUGGACAUUCUCUUCUCUUUCCUAUUUCUAUGCUUUGCUGUGUCCCACAAUAUUUUCCACCUCUAAAGGAGACCCCCCCAACUUUUGCAAAUAUUCCAAUGUUGAAAAUAUGCAUCCGAAAGAGGAGGCUCCCUGACAGUGUUCUGAUUCAAGGAGCAAAGGCCCAGAAAGCCCCUGCCUCCUCUCUCCUGGCUUUCACACUCCUGUUUUCGAGCCUCCAGCAGCGAGCGUCUCCACUGCUGCCCAGGAAAGUCCGUGCCUCCCCCCCCCCCCCGAACACUGCCCAAAGCAUCCUCUGCCCGCCCACCUCUCAGGAGCUGGGAACUUCACCAAAAGGGACUUCACCUUACUGGGACAAGGUGGAGGCACAUCCCCGGGUGUUCCAUGUGUAUCCCUGCUCUGCUGACGUAAGUAUUUUGUGCAGGUGGACCAAAUUUAUGUCCCCAAGUCCCAUCUCCCAUUAGAUCAGUGAAGCCUGCCUUCCACCUUCGAGGGUGGUGGACGUAGAGGAGGAUGCGUGAGGCUCAUGAGAACUCCAGGCUUUCUCUCAGGAGAGAAAAGCAGGAGGAACCUGUCCACUCCUAGCCUUUCUUCUAGAGAUCUUCCUCCCUCCCCACUUUUCACCCAAACUGCCAAGGUAGAGUGGGUGAAGAAGCAGCCACCAUUCCACACCCAUUGCAGCGUAAUCCAUCGUUACAGGCAACAGGGAGAAAGCUUUGACUGGGGUUUGUAAAGCGGACCCACGUCAGCAGUCUUUCCUCGUGGGGCACAAACAGCUCACUGGAGUUGUUAAUUAUUCACACAAACAGACACACACACACUCUCUUAAGUACAUUAAAAGAUUUGAUUCUGCCAACUCUUCUAUUACCUCAGAUUGUUUUUACAAAGCAAGCCAAUAACAAGCUUCGAAGGCCAUUUUACCAUCCUUGCUCCCAAGAGACUUUUGUGGUGCCUGGCAGGUCACUCUUGAGGGCUUUAUGUCUACUUUUCAAAGUCAAUAGCUUUGUGUGUGUGUGUGUGUGUUUAUGUGUGUGCGUGCGCACGUGCACAUGUGUAUGUAUGUGCGUGUUCUAGUUUCUAUAGUAAGAGAGAAAAUAUAGAAAUAUUAUGCAAAAAAUAUAGUUUUCUUUAGAUCAAAAACUAAUAUUUUUGAGUCAGCCAUAUAUAUACAUAUAUAUAUAUAUAUAUAUAUUGUUUAAAAAAUUUCAAAUAAAGUGCCGUCAUGGAACACCAUAGAGGGGAGCACACGGCCAGCUGUUUGACAUGACAGGUGGCUCAAUAUAUUUAUAAUUGGUUUAAAAAAAUAAUAUACCUUACUUCCUUUCUCCGAACAGCCAUCUUUAUAUUUAGGAAAAAAAUUGUUGGGUUCUAGACUUUUUUAAUAUAAAUUUUGUUGAUGUGGAAUUGAGUAAGUUCAAGUGUUUCUGUGCAUAUAUUUUUAUGUGUUCUUCUAUUCAGUUUCAGUGAUCCAGACGGCAGUGAGUAAAUAUGACGGAAGUUAGUAACAGUUUCCCCUAAAUGGUGCUGUGGAUUUGAAAGCAGUCUGAUGGGGAGAAAGAGAAUAUGUCCUAGAGCCCUCCUUCGAUAAACCUAGAAAAACUGGGUAAGAACUUGCAGGUAGUGAGGGAAAUACCCGGAAAGAGGCUUCUCAACUGUCAGGGCGUGGAUGUAUGCUGCCAUGGAGGAGUGCCAGGCUUGUUGCUAACCAGGGGCGAGGGCCAGUUGGGCUUCUGGGAGGACUUAGCUGGCCGAACGGUGUCAAUGAGAGUCCCUCCUGGUCGGCAAGGGAACUGGUGUGGGGCUUGCUUUUCUUUAUGCUUCUUUGACUUCCCCUUCCCCCUAGAGUGACCCCAUUGGUGAGUUUAUGUGCACGAAUCUGAGUUGGGACGCCUUUCUGUUUUGUAUAAUACAGCAGAUGGGAGACUGAGCUCCUAAUUGGAAGCGAUAAGUACAGCAGUGGCUGCUUCCAGCUCUGUCUGACGGUUUGAGGACUAGGUCUGUCUCAACAACCCUUCACUGUCCUUUAAAUUGCUUUUUCCAUCCCAAAGGAUGUAAGAGAAACCAACUAGACCCCCUCUGGGCACUUGUAGAUUCCUCAAGUUUGGGUUUAUAUUUUCCUUCAAGCUUUAGGGGACAGUUUCAUCGAUCAAUAAGAGUGAUUAUCUCACUGCCAAAAAUCCAAAGGGGCACACAAGCUUGAAUGCCUGGAUCCUCUCCUGUACCCCCCGUUUCAUCCUCUCCUGUACCCCAGUUUCAUCCUCUCCUGUACCCAGUUUCAUCCUCUCCUGUACCCCCGUUUCAUCCUCUCCUGUACCCCCGUUUCAUCCUCUCCUGUACCCGCGUUUCAUCCUCUCCUGUACCCCCCGUUUCAUCCUCUUCUGUAUCCCCCCACACACACACACUUCUUCCCAUCCCUUGCUUUGCAGUUGAAGCUACAUGUCGUACCAUCCUGUCUGCACACUCAGUCACCUUCUGUGUCUAGCAUCCACCCCAUGGCACUGGUGUUGGGAAGGGGGAGCACUUAUAAUGCCUGCUGUUCUAAAGCCAUCCCAGUCUCUUCUUCGGUAGACCGGACACCCACCCUCCCUCCCAUUUAGCUCAGAGCCAGGACUCUUGCCUUCCCAGCUCUGCAGAUAGGAGGCCUGCUGUCCCCUUUCUUCUUCUUGGGAGAGGCGGAGAGAGGUGAGCUCCUGCAGCUGAAUUGGCCUUUGGUUUAUGUUUUCUCCCCAUAUGUAUAUAUGCCAUAUGUAAAUAUGCCAUAUAUAUGUGCCAACGAAUUGAUUUAUGUCAUCUUUUGUAAGCGGCAUGCAGAUAGGAAGUUUGAGUUUCUUCUCAGUAACUAGUAUAAUGAGCACUGGUAUUUUUGUACAAAAGAAAAAGAAAAAAAACAGAAAAUUGACUGUUGUAGUCUGCAUGACAGACAUGAUAUCAAAACAAUCUAUACCCUAGCAUGCGUUGCCAUAGUUUGCAGUUCAGCUUAACAGUGCACCCAACCUGUAUUUGCAUUUGAUAUUAUUUAAGCUCUAUGUAUAAUGUUUUGCAUGUAUUUAUAUGGUUCUUGGGGGGGAAUGCUAUAACUGACAAAUCUGUAAUGCAAAUGUAUCGUCCCACUGACCUGGGAAGAAGAGGAGUUUGAAAAUGGGUAAUUUUUUUGGAACCAAUAAAGCUUUUUGCUGAUGUGCAGAAACCAAUGCCAUGCACUGAAAAUAAAAACCUGUGCCCAC